CAUGCAGGUUGGGCGCGCGCCUGACAUCAGAACGCAAGAUUCAGGCCUAUAAAAAGAAAAUAAAGAUUUACAUUUACAUGACACCUUUCAUGACCUGAGGAUGAUUCAAAGCCCUUUACAGCCAAUGAAAUACUUCUGGAAGUGUAACCUCUGUUAAAUGUAGGAACGCAAUGGCCAUCAUUGCCAAGCUUCUCACAGAAAGGACCCACAAACAGCUUGGCAAUGAUGGCCAGAUAACCUCUUUUUUUGAGAGGUAAGUAUUGGCCAGGACAACACGCCUGGUCUUUGUUGAAAUAGUGCAUGGAAUCUUUUACUUCCACCUGGAGGAGAAUUCAGGACCUCUAUUUCAUGCCCCAUCCAAAUGUCGACACCUCCGACAGGGCAGUACCCCCACUGGUGUGUCAGCCUGGAUUAUGCAUUCAAGUAAUGCAGAUGAUGGGGCAGAGAAGAGCCUCUGAAUUCCUGUUUACUUUUAAGUGGGAUGCCUGGAAUUUAUAAUAGCUUAGUUGGUCAGAAUUAUAUGUAUAUCCAAUUUUCAGUAGUAAUUUCUUGUGCUUCCAUUUGAACAGGUCUCUGUGCUUUGGUAAUUUCUGUCAUACUGAAAGCUGUAAGUGAUGUGGUUGGUUAUAUCUUCACCUCUGACAAUGUGUGAAUGGUGGGGUGUUGAGAGGAGUUGGGAAGCAAAGACUGGGAGCUAUUGGUAAUCUAGUGAGAUUUUAUCUCAUUGGUUUUCCCAUUGGAAUCUCACUGAUGUUUGCUGCAAAAUUUGGGAUCAGAGGUUACUGGUACAGAAUGAUGGUUUGUGUGUUUUUCCGGUUUGCUUUCUAUCAUGUAGUGAUUUACAGAACCAACUGGAAUGAAGCGUCCAAUCAGGCUCUAGUUAAUGCAGGUGUGAAGAAAGAUGUGGACCCCUCUCACAGCGCCUCUGGUGGUCAGACUGAGAAUGUAUCAACAGAGGUCUAUUCAGGAAACUUUGCAGUCAUUGAUGUCAGUCCAGUGAGAAUAAUGUAGACUGGGAACAACUGAAAGAGGAGAGCUCAGCCGCAAAAACAAAUGUUCGAGGAAUUUUAUCUGUGAAACAACUGAUCAUUUGUCGCGGACUAACCUUCCUUUCAGGACCACUUGUACUGGCAAUUGGACUAUUGUUAAAGAACACGUAGACUUCAGCGAGCUUUGCAGAGACAAGCAGGAAUCUAGGUCACUUUCUGUGGCCAGGGAAGCAGCAAUGAGAGGCUUUGACCAACAGACUAAGGAAAACCAAAGUUUGUGGAGAACAUGAUUGUCACUGUAGGCAAACUGGGAGAUUCCAACCUUCUACUAAUAGACAGGGUAGCAUUGACAAUGUUCAGCUUUAAGCAGAUUCCCGAGGAUCUGAUGGACAGUUCACAUUCCAGUCAGACACUACGGAAAAGAGGAAGUCAUAUUCACUUUAUUGCUCGGUGAAAUGAACUGGUGGAGCUGAUUGGCCAGCUGUUACAGAAAUUGCCUAAUCUUCAAUGAGAAUUGAACAGGUUCUGUAAUGGGACAUGCAACCUGCUCAGUCAGUUUAUCAUGCAAGUGGUGAGGGUGUAAAAUGACUCCUCUGUAUGCCAUCUCAUUAUUAGCGUUCUUGUCAACAAUGAACGAGAAAGGGAUGUCCACAUCUUACAGUUUUGAGGAAAGACCGUUCAACCAGACUGCAUAGUUGACUCUGUAUCUAACUGGUUGCCUCAUUACAACAUUGGGAUAACAGCUACUGUUAUUCAGGGGACCAUCUAAAUUCUUACCUUCCUUCCUUCACAACAAAUAAAUAUUUACUCUUAUUCCUAA